UGAUCCGUCACCGACAUUCCUUUUUAGUAAUUUUCAUUUUGUUAUGUCGUGUUCUCGUUUGUGUGUCGCGUCGAACGGGCCUCAAGAUUAGAACGAAUGUAGAUUGUAGUGUAGUUUUUAUUUAGUGCUCUCGUUCCACUUUUUGUCUAUCCUAUUUUCUUUUUUUUAUGCUCGUGUUACAAAAGUGAGACAAAGGUUUUAGUGAAUUUGUGUUAUGAUGUCACUGUUUAUGUAUCCUUGAACAAUGAGUGUGAGUGUUGAGGACGUUACGAGUCCUUUAUCCAGCCAUAAGAGUUUGGACGAGAUCCCGACCUCGGAGGACAUAAAUAAAAGCGAUGAGGCGAGUCCCACUGACCAAUCGGAGCCGUCCACUCCGAAACCUCAUCCUAUGGCAUUCACCAUCGAUUUCGGGACUACGAAGCCCAUCGACAGUCGUAGACUCGAGGAGUUAGCAAAGAAAUCCCAGGCGAGGCACCAGAGAGUCCAAUCCAUGUCCGCCAGUCAGCCCAGGACCAGUCCCGUCGCUAGACCGCCCAUGAGCGCAAAAUUACCUCGGAAAGCCCAGGGAUACAACUCUGAAGGGUACUUCUCGUCCGACCAGGAAGACAGCUGCCUCUCUGGGUCCGUAAAACUCCGAAACAGCCUCCCAAACUCAGUCACAAGUCCAAGUACAAAUAGAACUCUCAAAUCACCUGUUUACGAUUUUCUGCCCAAAAGAACGUCCAAAAGUCCCAUAGUCGACAGCAUAAUGUCCAGAAGUGAUAGUUUUAGUGCAAGACAGGCUUUAAACUUACCCCUCAAAACAGGUUCCUAUAAGAAAGACGUCCAUCGCUCACCGAGUUAUAGUAAUUUAAAUCAUAGACAGAUGUCGGAUAUCAUUGAUAAAAGUCCAGAGGGUGUUAUGUUGACUGAUAUUUCUAGUCCGGAAUUGGAUAUUCUGACACCUGACAAUGGUCUUUCUACCCCAGAGGCAAAGAGUCCGACUAGAAUAGUUAGAGCAAUGUCGGAAACACCAGAUCUACUAUUCAAAAAGUGUAAUCCAAUGUCUGAACCACUGUACAUAGAUGAUGAUAUUGAUGCUGAAUCUAAUCACUCGUCAACCGGUACGUACACUAUAGAAGGAGAUAAUUAUACUGAGGAGCAGAAAGCUAGGAUGAGCAUAGAUAGAACAUUCGGGGCUGACGUAACAGAAACCACCAUCGAUGAAAGUAUACCUGACAGUAGUAUCAUAGAAAAUCACACGGAAGUUAUCUUUACGUACCCCACUCAGUGGGCAAUAACAAAAGAACCAAGAAGAGAUACUUGCCUUCGUAACCCAAUUCCAAUAAAAAAACUAGACAUACCAAAUAAAGUAUCAAAAGACAAAAAUGUACUAGAAAUAUCUUGCUGCUACGAAUCACCGACAGAGAAUGACUUAGCAACGCAAACAUCGAAACAAAUCAGAUCAACACGUAGCUACUUGGAGAAAAUUAAGAAUAGGGUACGGACGAUUACUGAAAAGACGUUCGCUAAGUCACCUCCGAAACAUGGGGAGCAUUUCGACGCUGGUACCUUCACUUCGGUGACCACCUCGGGUGUUCUCAGCUCAAAAUAUCUGACAAAAACUGAAUAUAUUCCCAGAAGACGUUGUAGCUUAACAAAAUCUGAAAUAGAUCAAACAGACUAUAUACAUAGGCUAUCUAGAGAAUCUUCCGUACCUGUAUCUCUACCUAGCAACAAACUAAAUGAGGCUAAAUUUGAGAGUACCGCUCUGAAAAACGCUCAAAAGAAUCUAAGAGACAAUAUGAACACUGAACUCAGUCCCGAACAAGUCGGAAAGCUAUCAUAUAUGAGUCUCAGUAGGUGUAAGGGAGACAAAACAUGGAUACAGGAUUGGGCCGACAGUGUUAAGAACUAUAAUAAUAAUACUUUAGGCAAGGAUUUGGAUUUAAAUUCUACUUGUAAUGUUGAAGACCGUCCACCCAUCAGUCCCAGACUAGUACCAACUAAACCUCGCAGCCCCGUCUGUGGUACUCCUACCAAGAUACCCAGUCCUGUUGGCACUCUGCUCCAACGGAGGACCCCUGAUCUCAUCCCUCCACAAGACACCGAAUCUUACCUGGUGAAAACGCAGAAUGCCAUCACCAAUCUUCAAGCGAAGCUCCACUCCAACAAGAUACCAUCACCGCUCACCACCAGUCUGCUCAGCGAAAAAACCCUGGUCUCCCGUCUUCCGGUCUCCCAGCUCAGCAGGAGUAACUCUCUCAACUACCGCCUCAGAAGGAAAGACACUUCAGGAGAUAGCAGUCCACUCAGAAGUCCAGGGCAUUACGUGAUAACUGGGUCUUCCAGGGUCCCCGAAAGCACUAAGAUACUCCUCAACACUGCGUCCAGGUCCUUAGAUACCGAUACACGAGAUAGGAAUAUGAAUAGUCCAAAUUCUGAUAGGGGGCUCCUGAGUAAUAGUUCAGAUGAUAAGACUUUGUCCAACCGUCAUAAUACUACACCGCACCGAAAAACGCACGUCAGACACAAGUCAUUUGAAGGUAGGAAUCCCUCGGAAAUAUUCGCGAAUGACAUCCAUAACGCGAACCAGGUUAGUCUAAAAGCUGUCCUCAAAAACAACGCCCUAGAAGCCAAUAUAGCGUAUAUUGACCAAACACGUUGCCACGAUACCAAGAAAACCCAUCAAAGGGUGUACAGUGAUGGCAGAAAUAAGCCAGCUUUUGGCACGUCCAUUAGACGUUCUAGUUCCUUUAGUACGGUCAAUCGGAAUAACAACAUAGAGAGAUCCAGAAGAUCAAGUGGGCAGUCUGAAGAUGUGUACUCCGAUGAGUCCGAUAAUGCGUCUUACGAGCCAUCCGCGGAUUUGCGCUUCAAAAGACAGUUGCGGAAUAGAGUGGAAUUUGAGGCGAAGUCCAUUGCGCCGGCGAAUUCCCCUCGGUGUCCCAACACUCCGGAGAUGCAGAGGAAGUUCGGACCGGGACUGAUAAGGAACUCUGUGCGAGUGACCAGUAAAGAGAGAGGUUUGAAUAGGAUGUCGGAGCCGCCGCCGAGCAGAGAAGAGAGGAAGCAUCAAAGUAGAAAGAUAUCCGAGCCAACCAGGCAAGCGGUUCUCAACAGGCUGACUAAAUCUAGGAGUUCCACUAGAGAAGUUCAACCUAAGAACCAGGAGAAAGGUCAAAAGAAACCAAGCCAGCACAGGUCCUCAUCAGCUCUAGCCACAAAGGAAAUAGAGUUCUCCAACUGGAAGAAGCGCGCCUCAUACGACCCCAUGAAAGCGGCGAUGGAGGGGAAAAAGAGACAGAUGGCGAAACGACAGGAGUGCAACAAGGACGACCUUAGUUCUCCCAGCCACUCAUCCCCCGUCCAUCGCUCGCAGUCAUUCCACACCACCAACAUGGCAGAUCUCACCCUGGACUCCUCGGAUGAGGAGGCUCCAACACUCCCGGUGGACAUGAUCACCUCUACGCACUCAGACAUCUUGGAUCUGAGGGGGAUGAUGGGAAGGGAGUAUUUGAAUUUCCAGGUGAAACAACCAGAUAAGCCGAAGCGCCGUGAACGCAAAUACAUAGACGACAUAACCCCAACCAAAGAGAACAUAGACUUUCUGUCAAAAGAGGGCAUAGACAAGCGGAAAUUUAACCCUGACAGCGUCAUAGACAAGCGGAAAUUUGAUCCUGACAGCGUCAUAGACAAGCGGAAAUUUGACACUGACAGCGCCAUAGACAAACGGAAAACUUUUACGCUCGACAGUGAUAAUUCUACAACAAAUGGAAGUAGCCCAAGGAAUUCUUCUAUAUUCAGCCACGAAAAGUCUUUGACUACUUGUACGAGUGACACGGAGGGAGAGAGCGGGACAGAAAGCGCGCCGGUCGUUAUGAGAGGGAAGAGGACAGCGAAUGUUCAGGCUAAGCAGAGGUACAGUGGAGACUACUCUAUGUCGUCAUCAACAACCUCCAUCACGCAGAAGAAGGUCCAACCACGGUAUCUGGACAUAUCGAAGUAUAUGGAGAGCUCUCCGAAGAACUUUCUCCGGAGGGAUCCGAGUAAAACCUAUGUUGGUGUGUUGAAUACAGAGAAGAGUGUUAGCAAGGGAAGCGCACAGCAGUAUGAGAUGGAACAAAAGAAACAGGAGCUAGAGAAGUGGAAGCGACGCGCCUCUUACGACCCGCGCAAAGCGGCCGCGCUCGGCAAGACCAAAACACCCAAGACGGCGAGUAACGUUCUUCGGUCGCAAUCAUUUCACGGGCCGAUGCUAACGCCGACUCUGCGCUACCAGCCGCCCGCGACACAUAUCGCCGAGACUUACGACGCGUCAAGCGACAACGACUUCUAACGACGGUCGCGACGACAUUGUGAUAAAUGUAUAAUAAUCGGAACCAAAUACGCGUAACGGAUAUUUCAUAGAUGUAAGAUGAUACGCUUAAAAAAACUAAACGUCAAAUCUGACACCUGUCUAAAUGUCAAGUCUGACAUCCGUCAAAGUCAAGCUUUCCCGCCAAUUGCGUUUUCCAGUUUGUUGUCUAUGCUUGGGACGUUACUUGUCGCACAACUAAAUUGUUGCUGGGAUUUUUGAUGUUGUUAGUCAUUUUAGAACAAAGUUUUUUUAUGCACCUUA